AUGGCAUUACGAAAUACGUCGUAUUUCAACACGUCGGAAGAAAUAAUUGUGACUCCAUGGUCUUCCGAUUCAGAGUGGCAGUCACUUAGACAAGACAUAUAUGGCAGUAAAGAUACACGCAACUACAAACAAGCUUUAAGAAAACUUUUAUUAUGGAAAACUAGGGGAAAAUCAUUAUGUAGAGGCUUAUAUUGCACUGAAAUGAUGUUGCAAGUCAUCAUUAAGGAUGACUAUUUUUAUGAAGUUGAUGAACCCACCAAUGAAAGUGAUUUAGUUCGUUUAUAUUCAAUGGCUAUAAUGAAGUUUGUCAAUUUGACAGCUGACAUUUUUGGAAAAGGUCCACAGAAGUCUAUGUAUUAUAGAGCUUCUCAAUUACAACUUCCAUCGUGGUUAAUUGAUAUGCGACACAAAAUUUCACAUGACCAAGAUUUACCUACUCUAAAAGCUUUGAGAGCAGCUAUGGAAUUUUCACUAGAAUGGUUACAAACACAAUAUUGGAACAAAGAUGAAAAUUUUCUGGUGACUGCGAAAAAAGUACACAUGAAUAUUGUUUAUGAAUUUAUAGACUUAUUGGAAUUCUAUAUAUUAAGCAAAAGUCAAACUAAUGCUGAACUUAAGCAAAAACGAUUAAAUGUUUUGAGAGAGAAGCUAAACAUGUCCGAAAGUUGUUCAAACAAAGAAUGUGUGAAGAAAAUGAAAAACCUUUUAGUAGUUAAAGAUUGGUCUUCAGAUUUAGUCAAUGUAUUUGUUUCGCAAUAUUUACUUCAAGCUCAUGAAUGCAAUGUAUCUAAAGGUAGAAUUUCCAAGACGGAUAAAGCAAUCUGGAAUGUUUUACUAAAAACAUUUAAUAACUCCGGUUUGCUGACAAACGUAUUACAGUGUUUGGUUACUCAACAUUCGCGUAUAGCAGCUCUGUGGGUUGUGGAACUGUGUAUUGUAGCAUAUAAAAGCAGCAAAAAAAUUGACCUGAAAAAUAAUCAAAAUGACGACUGCAUGAACUGCAAACCUUUGAAUUUGGAUUCAAAUCUUGUUCUAAGAACUACAUUGCAAUCACCACAUCCAUACACUAUUAUAUUUUUAAAAUGGUUAUUACAAAUACAAUUGAGUCCAUUGAAAAUGAAACAACAUAACAACAUUAUCAAAUUAGUGUCAUUGUAUACAGGCGAAUUGAAGGUUAGCUCUAAAAAUGUUGAUCAUAAUAUAUUCACAGUCGAUGAUUUAACUAGCAAAGAUAAAACUGAUUAUCAAUCUCAAUGGUCAAGAGCUUUUGGUCAAAUGAAUUGGAGACAAGUACAAUUUGGGACUAUUCUUUGA